UGCCGCGUUUCACCGCUUCUCCCAACUGUACUGCCGCGCCACUCGGCGGGGCGUUCGCUGUGUGAGCCCCGCGGCCCAGCUGCUACCAUGAGCCGGCACAGCCGGCUUCAGAGACAAGUUCUGAGUCUAUACCGCGAGUUGCUGCGCGCCGGGCGCGGAAAGCCGGGCGCCGAGUCGCGGGUGCGGGCCGAGUUUCGGCAGCACGCCCGCCUGCCACGCUCCGAUGUACUGCGCAUCGAGUACCUGUACCGCCGCGGACGGCGCCAGCUUCAGCUGCUACGCUCGGGUCACGCCACGGCCAUGGGUGCCUUUGUGAGUACGCGGGGCCCGACUGAGGAGUCCCCCGGCGCGGGGGCCCCAGGGACCCCACCUGACGAAGGUGACGGCCCAAGGAGAUUGCUGGACAGCAUGGGGGUACCGAAGACCGCGCCGGAUGGACGGUGACCGUCACCCGGUGGCUCAGGGGAAC